AUGUGGAUGGAUAUGCCGCCAACGUUCCCAAGCAAGGCAUCAGAAACUCCAUUUUACCUCACAAUUCACAACAAGACGAGCAGCAGCGUCAAAGUCCAAGGGGGAGCGAUGGGUCUGCUCUCGUGGUGGAAAGGGGAUGAGUCUAAACCCCAAACCAAGACCAGCCCGGAUCCGAAACCGGCCGAGCCUGCUCCCGGCAUGAACGGCGCCGUUGAGGUGCCUCGACCCCCCGCCGCCGCCAACAUCACUGUCUUCGAGUUCGGAUCAGUCGCGGCUUCGGCCGAUAAGGUCACUCUCGCCGGGUACUGUCCGGUCUCCGAAGACCUGGAGCCCUGCCGCUGGGAGAUCCUCCCCGCUAGUGGCUCAGACGCGCCGCAGUUUCGAGUGGUCUUCUAAGCACUCACCGUUGUGUCUCUGUGCGUGUGAGCAGUUAAUCAUUGUAUGUUCAUACUCAGUAGAGUAAUUUUCAGCUAUGAAUGAUAUGAUCAGGAUUUCAGUUGA